GGCCCCGGCGGCGUCGCGGCUUCGGUGGUUGAGCGGCGUGCGGGUCCCGGCGCCCGGCGAUGGGGAACAGCAGCACGUCGUGCUGCGUGGCGUCCAGCCCCAAGGCCCGGAGGCCCGCCCACGCCCGGCUCCAGGCCUACCGCGCCGGGCCCGGGCCCGGGCCCGACCCCGACCUCAGCCGCGACGACACCGGCUGCAACCUGCAGCACAUCAGCGACCGGGAGAACAUCGACGAUUUGAACAUGGAGUUCAAUCCGUCAGACCAUCCUAGGGCCAGCACGAUAUUCCUCAGUAAAUCACAGACAGAUGUGAGAGAAAAACGCAAGAGUCUCUACAUUAACCACCAUCCGCCGGGACAAAUAAGAAGGAAGUACAGUUCCUGCUCCACUAUUUUCCUAGAUGAUAGCACAGUCAGUCAACCGAACCUCAAGUAUACAAUUAAGUGUGUAGCUCUUGCAAUAUAUUACCACAUCAAAAACAGGGACACAGAUGGAAGGAUGCUCUUAGAUAUUUUUGAUGAAAACCUUCAUCCCCUUUCGAAAUCUGAAGUGCCACCCGACUAUGACAAACACGACCCAGAGCAAAAACAGAUUUACCGGUUUGUUCGAACGUUGUUCAGUGCUGCUCAGCUGACUGCCGAAUGUGCCAUUGUCACCCUGGUAUAUCUUGAAAGGCUCUUAACUUACGCAGAGAUAGAUAUCUGUCCAGCAAACUGGAAGCGAAUUGUACUUGGUGCAAUUCUGUUGGCAUCAAAAGUUUGGGACGACCAGGCGGUAUGGAAUGUGGAUUACUGCCAGAUCCUGAAAGAUAUCACAGUAGAAGACAUGAACGAACUGGAGCGGCAGUUUCUCGAAUUGCUGCAGUUCAACAUCAAUGUUCCUUCCAGUGUUUAUGCCAAGUAUUAUUUCGAUCUGCGUUCCCUGGCAGAAGCUAAUAACUUGAGUUUUCCCUUAGAGCCCCUCAGCAGGGAAAGGGCCCAUAAGCUCGAGGCCAUCUCUCGUCUUUGUGAAGAUAAGUAUAAGGACUUCAGAAAAUCUGCAAGGAAACGGUCAGCUAGUGCUGACAAUCUGACUGUGGUUCGGUGGUCUCCAGCCAUCAUCUCCUAACAGCGGCAUCUCCGUCAAGCUGCCUUCACACUGCCUUCCAGCGUGUGGCACACAGAAAGCAACGUUUAAAUGGAAAGAGAAGUCAGUAUUGUGGAAAUCAUAAUCCCAGGCAUUUUUUCCCAGCGUCACUACCAGCAUCCCCUUGGUGAGGAAACGGUGACUAUCACGCUGGAGGAAGAAAGAAAGAAAGGGAAAGAGAAUGGUGUAGCAGCAGAAAGAAUGAUUGAAGCGACUCUGCCAUUUUUUUCAGACACUGUGCUCUUGGAGAGGUAAUGCGACCUGAAAACAAAAUAGAAGAGAACCAUUUGGAUGUGCCCUAAGGAUUCAGAGUAGCAGUGUUACAUCUUAAACAUCUUAAGUUAUUCUGCUCAGUAUUUUCUAUCCUGUUUUUUGCAUUCCUUCUUGCUGCUUCUUGGGUUUUGGAGGUUUUGUUUUCAGGGGUGGGGAGGGGGGAUUUUUUUUUUUCUUUUGGUCCUGCAGAGCAGUGAAAACACAAUUCUGUAGCUACAGUAGCUCAAACACCCGAGUAAAUAUUAUUGGUCAUUUAUCCCCGUACUUUUCUCCAUGAGUUUUCUUAUUAGCAUUACUCUUCAUAAAUAUUAUGCAUAUGUUAUAUUUCUGUAGCCUGUAUCUUUAUUCUCCUUUCUUUCAGCUACAACAAAAUUGAACCUGCCCGUAGUGCUGAACCAAAAGUAUCAAAGGAAAUCAUGCAGUCCUCUGUUGUUCUUUUCAUUUCUUUUUUCUAAUUUAUAGUAACGUGUGGGUGCCGGGCCUUUCCAUGUUCUUGGAGCCAUUUUUUGUUUUCUGGGACAAAUGGGGAUAUGGUUGUAAAAAAUAUCCCAAUUGCGCGGGCCGAGAGGAAGAAUUUCAGCAGAGAUUAUCAUCUGGUGGGGAUUUUUCUCAUAGAAUUUGAUGUUUCCCUGAGUUCACUUCUUGAGAACAUUUUCUGGUUGGCCCCGCUCCUCUGUUCUUUCACCUCUAGGUCCAUUGUUGCAAGCAAUAGCCUCAAUUUUUAUAUGUUUACUUUAAAUCCAAGUGAAGUCUGUUUGUAUAAAAUAAAAUAAAAUUUCCCAAAAAAAAGGAGGGGUGGGAAUAUGUUGGACUGUUCCAUUAAGAUCAUCGAAAAGCAGAAUGUUAUCAUACUGAGGUAUUUUUCACAGGUAGAUUGAAUUAAAAAAGAACUCAACUUGCAUUUUUCAUUGUGGGUGCUUAGAGAAGUUUAAACAAAAUUCAAACUGUGAAGAAGGUUCAUGUUUCAUGAAUUAGAAUUGUACUUUUUUCAUUUCCUGACUCUACCUGUUUGUCCUUCUGGGAUAGAUAAGAAUAUUUUUUAUCAAAUAAUAUAUCUUCAUCAAAGGGUAAAUUUGAUCUUAAAACAUCCAUAUAUCCAAUUCAAUGAAGUAUUUUUUGCACGUUUUCUUCGGAUAUGGCUAAACUUUCCUGAUGAAAGAGUUGUCUGGGUUUUUCCCUUUAUAUGUAUUGUUGUGAAGUGAAUGGCAGUAGGCUUCCUGCAUUUCACCUUUUCUCUGUACUGGCUAGAGAAAUGUAAGGGUCUUAAAUUAAUUUUUUUCACUUCUUGGCUGUCCCAGGAUCAGAUCCCAAGCCAAUAGAUCGUGAACAUAUUCUCCACUCACAGUAAAACAGGCCUUGGCAAUAAAGGCAUUCAAAGGGUUAAAAUUCUCCUUUGGUGGUAUAAUGCUGAACUGAAAUUUCUAUUCCCAAUCUAAAGGCACUUGUGAAGCCUGUAAAAACAAACAAACAAAAAAGGUUAUUGUCUAAAUUUCAUUUUUCACAGAUUGGUCUUAAGAAAAGUAUCAGUUCUUUCUCUAUUGCAGUGUGCCAGUGCACUCUAAUCCUGAAUGCUCAAGUUGACAUCUCUCUAUAAAAAUGGUUUUGAUUUAGAGUAUUUUAAAAAAUGUAGAAAUCACCACAGUAUAUUCCCAAGUACAUGUACUUUAAAAAGGACGUAUUUUCUUAGCUGCUGGGAUUUGAAUACCUCUCAAACAUGAAUUAGGUUUGGCCAUUCUGUAAAUUGUCUCAUUUUAUCAAUCCACUUCAGGAAAAACAUUCUGUUAUCUCUGUAGCAGAAAUAUUACUUUUAUUCCUUUAUUUGAAUGAGAGAUAUGAACGUUGAAUUAUGUAAAUAUCUCAAUGCAUCCGCUAUAAUUUUGUGGAGUUUAUUAAACUACUUUAAAGAUUGUAUAGUCUAUUUAUUGUAUGUAUGUACAUACAGUCUGAUACUUAAAAUUUAAAGUGGAUUCUGUCACACCUGGCUCAGUCUUGUUUAGACUAUUGAAUAUUGUUUUAGCCUUGUGCACUGCACUCUACCUCUGUAUAGAUUUUUUUUCCAUAUUCUUUAAUUAGUACAUAUUCUGUGAUUUACUCAGUUAUGUUUCUUGCACUAAAGAUUUUUUUAAAUCUAUGGUAAAUGUAGUUUUUUUAGUUUUAGUUUUGCAGUAUAAAUCACUUGACGUAGUUGGAUAGGGUUUUUUUUUGUUGUUUCCAGUUCCGUGUUUUUUUUUCUACAUGAUGACUUGCUUUUUGUUCUGGUCUGUUCUAAGUUUGCCAAAAAAAAAAAGUACAGUUCCUACUGAUAACUCUAGUGACUGUAAUUUGUUUGUAAGGUGAUUCAAUACCAUACAAUUAAAGCUGGAUUACUAUUUAGGAACACCCUGUCUUAGUGGAGUUUUUGAAACCACCUUUUGAAUGAAAAUUCCCUUGCAGAAUAAAGAGAGGAGUUGGUCACCAGCACAAACUAGAUCUGAAUUCAGUGUUUUAACCUGGUUAUAGUUAGAUUCUGUCUAAAAUAAUAGUCAUAGUUGAAGGGCUUUUUUUUUAAACCAAGUUGGAACCCACAGCUAGAUAGUAUCUUUAUGUAAGCCUCCUUUUUCCUCCAAAUUCAGACUUGUUUUAAUG